GACCCCCAUCUCGCUCAGGGCGGAUCCUCCCGCUCGGAGCUGCGGGCGGAGCGGGAAGCGAAAGCGAAAGCGAGCGAGCGGCGGAGCGGGAAGCGAAAGCGAAAGCGCGGCGGGUCAUGGCGGCCGCGCCGCUGCUGGUGUGGGUGAGCCCUGCGCCCGCCGCCGGCGAGAAGGCGACCCUCAAGCUCCAGAGAUACUUCCAGUCGGGAAAGCGGUCGGGGGGCGGCGAGUGCACCGUGCGCCCCGGCCCCCAGCCCGGCACCUACUGGGUGGACUUCUCUAAGGAGCAAGAUAGGAAGAGUGUGGAAUCCCGCUCAAAACACACCUUGGAAGUGGGUACAGGAUGCUGGGAUAUAGUCGUCCUGCCGGCAGAAGGGGAGCCGGGCAAGAGCCGGGUUGCCGCUGCCAGCGCUCCCCUGCCCCAGCAGCAGCAGCCGGACAGCGCUGGCUGCGGGGCCGCAGCCAAGGAGGACCUUACCAAAAAGAUAUUUCUUACAGUAUCUGCUACUUUGAAUGCCAGUGUGUUCACUGAAGACCAAAAGGAGAAAAUUACCAUUAUGUGUCCAAACUUAAAGAGAGAAAGAAACCCUGGAGUGGAUGGCUCUGAGAAAUUGACAGGAGAUUUUACAGAUAUUGAAAAAGCUUAUCACUACUUUGAAGAUAUCCUUGCAGGCAAAGACCCAAACCAUGAUUUUUCCCAUUCUGAACGUAGGAAUGGUUUGAAAGAUGAAAAUGGCCUGAAUACUGAAGAAAUGGUUGAGUUUACAGUUGUGACAGCUCUCUAUGAAUAUUUUAGUCAUACCCGCAAAGAGGAAAUCAGAGAACUACACAAAAGGUUUGGAGCACAUAUAGGCAUUAAAGGCCAUGACAAGGAUAACACAUUCAUAUACAUAUCUUCUGAUAAAAGUCCUGCAUUGUUACCAGCAGCUAGUGAUUCUUUUAUCAGAAUUUUUCAGGAAGCUACAAAAGAUCUGACACAGGAAAAAGUUCCCAUAACAAAGAGUGACACAUUGAAAGAAACAAUAGUAAAAUUAAAUGAAAGAUUUGGAAAUCUUCUUGCUAAAGAGGAAGGGAGUCACUUGCUACUCCGUGGUCCAAGGAGUGAGAUUUUAGCUGCCCAAAAAUUUCUAGCAGGAGAAGGUGAGAACAGCCAAGCUGAAAAGAAUAUGAAAAUAUCAUCUGAAUGUUACAAAUACAGAUAUGGAAUUGGAGUUGAUGCUUCUGUGUUGAACUUGUUGGAAAAUAUACUAAGCAAAGAAAUUGAAAACAUAAAUGGCAAAUUUGAUACACUGGUAGAAAUAAAAGAGAAUUCACCUGGCCAGAAGGUCAUUAUAUUUAGGCCUAAAUCCAAAACUUCUGAUAUGUCAUCACAUGCUACUGAAAGUUUUAUCAGUGCAUUUCAGAGUGCCUCUGCAAUGUUAACAGAAAAAAUCAUCAGCGUGAAGCUUUCAGAAGAUCAGAAGGAAACUUUAGGUGUUAUGCUUAAUGCUAAGAAAUUUGAAGAUCUUAAGGUAAAACUUAAGAAGGAUGAAGAUAAGUUAAUCUUAAGGGGUUUACCAGUCCAUCUUGAUGCUGCUGAGAAGUACAUGAAGUCCCUUGACAUUGAAGGAACACAAACUAGAAAUAGGGCAGCACUGUCCUCUGACCUCAGCUCUCAAGAAGCUACAGGAGCAUCUAAGUCCAGUGUUAGGCAAAAGAAUAACCUUUCUUCUGAAGGACAGACUCAGGCAAAGGCAGAAGAAAAAGAAGAUGAUGAGUGUCCAAUUUGCAGGGACACAAUUGAAAAUAAAGAAAUACUAGAAAAGUGUAAACAUGCAUUUUGCAAAACUUGCAUUGACCUAGCCAUGAGUUACAAACAAGCUUGUCCAGUUUGUAAUACUGUCUGUGGAGUCCUGAUAGGAAACCAGCCAGAGGGAACAAUGUCAACCAGAAAAAUCCGUUUAUCUCUUCCUGGUUAUCCCAAUUGUGGCACUAUUCAAAUUGACUAUGAUAUGAAUGGUGGUAUUCAAACUAGCAGCCAUCCAAACCCAGGGCAGCGUUAUGGGCCAGUUCACCGAACAGCAUAUUUACCUGACAAUAAGGAGGGGCGAGAAAUCCUGCAGCUCCUCGAAAGGGCCUUUCACCAGAAAUUGAUUUUCACAGUGGGGCAGUCACGCACUACUGGUGAACAAAAUGUUAUCACGUGGAAUGAUAUUCACCACAAAACUUCCAUGGAGGGAGGACCUUCCCGGUUUGGUUACCCGGAUUCUUCUUAUCUGCAGCGCGUUCGAUCAGAAUUGAAAGCAAAGGGAAUUGAAUAAGGAAAUCUGUGAAUUCUCAACUCCUAAGUGCAAUGACUGACACAGCAGUUAAUGUACUAGUCAAGCUCUGAGGGAAGUUGCUUUGUUUAACUACAGUAUCUAAAUUGCUUGUAUUUCAGAGUUAGCUAAGAAAAGUAAUCUUUUCUCAUCAAACAAUGUAUGUUCUUCUCACAAAUCAUUUCCUUCCCUAUAUAUGUAGCCUUUACAAAAUUUGGUUCUUGUGAGUGUGGUAUCAGUACUGUUUGCACUUUGUAUAUCUUGCUUUACUAGCAAAUCUGAUUGCCACUUUUCUCCACAACUCUCCAGUCUGAUUUCUAAAACCCUUAGAUCCACUUUUAUUGGAGGGAACACUUCUCUUUGCUUUGCAUUAUGAUGUCUGUCAGCAUGGCUGGCAUCAUGUAACCUAAUCUAAUCUAAAUCUAAAAUUUGUAUGCAAAUUUGUAUGCAAAUAUGUAAUCUAAUCUGAAAUUUGUAUGCAGCUAUAACAGUGUUAGCUGUGAUAAGGUUAUGGACUUUUGCUUCUUUUCAUGGUAGAAAUGGCCUUAAUGAUUUGGGUCUUGCAUGUGAAAUUAGCUGUGGAUCAUGUACAAGUGGGUACAUGGAUGUUUGCUCUGCAGGAGUGCUGAAUACUGAGAGCUGUGUUGGAGCAAACGGGAAGCAACAGUGUCAUAACUGAUAGUGGGCUCCUGGUUCUGUGCCUGCUUAAACUUCAAUACAACUUCUAAAUCCGUUUUUUCAACUAUAAAGCUGCAUUCUUUCAAUUGCAUCUAAUAUAGGUUUAAAUUGUAUCAUAAAGAUACUCUGCAGUGCCUAAAUAACCUGUUAAUUACCUGUGUUAUGGUAUUUUUAGUAAGUUGAACCUUUUCUCUAAGGCUACUGAGUGCAACUAAUAAAGAAAAUACAAAGAUA